CCGAGGAGCUGGAGGAGAACYGGUCUAAGGUUACGGCUCAAACCUCCAGCGAGCCUGUGUUUYCAUACGUUUGCAGACCCGCUGCAGGUCCGUACCUGAGCGGCACCAUCGUUCUGCCAAUGUGACUGAUUGAUCCGGUAUGAUGAACAGUAAAGAUUAAGAGGAUGAMAAAUAGGCGUGCUGCUUACACAGCGCUUGGGGCUAAUCCUCCACCCUCCACCCCUCGGGGGCUCCCUUUUGAGGAGCUGCUGCCGUGGAGGACACACAGACAGCGACAAACAGGGAGGACACACAACCUGUUGAUCUGCAACAAGUGUCGGCUGGAUCUCAUGGCUGGACCCCAGCCCAUCUGUACCCCCGCAGCGCAGUAGAGGCUCCCAUCUGUCCGUCAGCAGCAACGUGAAGGAUCCUUUUAUUCAGACGUUUCAAACUCAGAAGAAAACAAACUUUUUUUUUCAUCAGUUGCUCAUUUUUAGUGAAAAAUGAUGGAGGACCACCUGUCAAAGAUCCCCUUGAUGCCGUCCUCUUCCCCCUCUGGGUCCUCUGGGAGUGGUGGGAUGGAGGACAGCAGAGGAGCCAAGAGUCCGACUCCGGGGAAAGCUCUGAGCCCGGCUCUGGUGUGCAAAGUGUGCGGCGACACCAGCAGCGGCAAGCAUUACGGCAUCUACGCCUGCAACGGCUGCAGCGGCUUCUUCAAACGCAGCGUGAGGAGGAGGCUCAUCUACAGG